AUGUCCUGCGGAGACGCAAAGCUCAACCACCCGGCACCCGACUUCAAUGAGACGGCGCUGAUGCCCAACGGCACCUUCAAGAAGGUGGCCCUCAGCUCCUACAAGGGCAAGUGGCUGGUGCUCUUCUUCUACCCGAUGGACUUCACCUUCGUCUGCCCCACAGAGAUCUGCCAAUUCUCGGACCGUGUGAAGGAGUUCUCUGACAUUGGCUGCGAGGUGCUUGCCUGCUCCAUGGACAGCGAGUACUCCCAUCUGGCCUGGACAAGCAUUGAGCGCAAGCGUGGCGGACUUGGCCAGAUGAACAUCCCCAUUCUUGCCGACAAGACCAAGUGCAUCAUGAAGUCGUAUGGUGUGCUGAAGGAGGAGGAUGGCGUGGCGUACCGUGGCCUUUUCAUCAUCGACCCGAAGCAGAACCUGCGGCAGAUCACCGUCAACGACCUCCCCGUUGGCCGCGACGUGGACGAGGCCCUUCGUCUUGUGAAGGCGUUCCAGUUCGUGGAGAAACAUGGCGAGGUGUGCCCCGCCAACUGGAAGCCCGGUGACAAGACGAUGAAGCCGGAUCCCGAAAAGUCCAAGGAGUACUUUGGUGCUGUCGCGUAG